AUGGUUUCCCUUUGGGGUACGAAGGAUCCCGACGAUAGGUCCGAGGGAGCUCCUCACGAUACUGGAGAUUCAAGUCGUCAUGCAGCACAGACUCCAGAUGAGACAACGCGAUUGCUUCCACCUCCAUCAACCCAAGAAGGAUAUUUGAGUCCCGAUGACCCUGCCGUCUCGCCGUAUAACCUCUGGUCGGUCAGGGUUGUUCGAUACUUUACUGUACUUUUUGCAGCCAUAACUUUCCUGUGGUGGACACUACUCCUCGUAUCCAUAUUUGUGAGCCCUCCUGGAAUGAACACACGCGGCUCAGGAUUUUUCGACUUUUCCUACUCGACCUUGACACUGGGCCUUCUUCUUAUCGACUUGCUCUUCUUCUCCGCGCCCUCCAAAGCUGCCCGGGUAACUUGCCUAGUCAUUGCCACAGUCUUAUUAAUAGAUACGAUAAUCAUCUUGGCUGUGUCUAGACUUAGAGCGGAGGAAGGCGGUGUCGGAAUUGCCAGUGUUGUUUGGGCCUUUUUGAUAGCUCUCUGGAGUGCCUUCGCAGACAAGCUUGUUCUCUAUGGUAAGCAUGAGGAGGAAGUGCGCCUGACUGGUAGGGAGGAAAAUCGCCGUACGUUGCGGGAGUGGCUUUCAGUUGCAAUUUCGACGAUUAUCCUGGCCGUGUGCUGCGUUGUGGCAGUGCUCCUGUCUGCGACGCUGAUUCUUCGAGCUCGCGAUGCCUCUCUCCCUCCUCCGGGGGAGCAUUACUACGUCGAUGGCGACAAGUAUCAAAUCCAUCUAUUCUGCGAAGGGAAUUCUACGAACUCCCACGAGAAGAAAGUCCCAACAGUAUUGUUCGAAGCUGGUUAUCGCCCAUUCGCAGGUUCGAUGCAGCAGAUUGCCACCACUGCUCUUGUAACUGGAAGCAUAAGUCGCUACUGCUAUUCUGACCGACCUGGUAUUGGAUGGUCUGACAAUGCUCCCUCGCCUUUCUCUGUUGGCAUGGCAGCUGAUGCUCUUUCCGAAGCUCUGGCUCAGGCUGGGGAAGAAGGGCCAUUUGUACUGGCUAGCGCAGGCGUGGGAAGCUUAUACUCCCGCGUCUUCUCCUCUCGACAUGGCCCGUCGAUCAAAGGCUUGCUUGUGAUUGAUCCAUUGCACGAAGAUAUAUUUUACCGACGAAGCUCUUCAAAGAGGAGCUUCUUGCUGUGGGCAUGGGGCACCAUCUCACUACUUGGGUUAGAUCGCAAUUUCGGUGCCUUAUUCAGGGGUCGUACACGAGAAGAUCGUGUCUUCGGUCGGUCCAGCUAUCAGAACGGGAAAUUCAUCAAAGCUAAACUCCAAGAAUCUCUGGUUGCCAACUCGUUAACCAAGAGUGAAGUUAGCAGCGCAAGGAAUAUACAAUUAGAAAAGACCCCAUUAGUUGUUAUCAGCUCCGGAAUUAGGAUCCGGAAGGAUGCUGAAUGGCAAACGAAGCAAAGAGACUUAACAGGAUUGACUGAUAACCUUAUAAGCUGGGAUAUUGUGGAUGAAGCUCCCUCGGAGGUGUGGAUGGUUCCUAGGGGACUUGAGAUGAUUAGGCGGAGAUUGAAGGAAUUGGUCAAUAGGGAAGAUUGA